AUGGCGACGGCCCUCAGCCAGACUGUGCAGCGGGCGUCCGCUGUGCGCCGCGUGGCGCGGCCGGCCCCCUUCACAGCAGCGGUGCCCAAGGCGCUCAAGCAGCAGCAGAAGGCCUUUGUGGCUCGCGCAGCAGCUGAGUGGGGCGGCAGCGGCGGCGGCAGCACACUGUUUCGCAACCGGGUCGCAAUUGAUGUACUGCGGUCACAGGAGGCCCUGCAGCCCAGCAGCGGCAAUGUGUACGACGAGGACGUGCAGAGGGCCAUGGCGGAUGCCCUGACCGUGGCAGAGCUGGAGAAGGACUUCAUCGCUGGCGAGGCGGGCUCCGAGGAGACCACUGCGUACCUCACCUCCCUUGCGGCCGACAAGUUCGAGGCCUUCCUCGACGCCGCCGCGGACGGCUCGAGCGCGUCCGUCGUCGACGCCGUCGUGUCCGAGGCCGCUGAGCUGGCCGAGGCGCAGGGCCUCGCCACCGAGGUGGAGGCGAGCGAGGAGUACGCGCCGUCCGCGAGCCCCGACGACGGCGCGGACCCCCUGGCGCUGUACGACAACGAGACGGCGGCGGGCAUGAGGCAGCUGGUGGCGGCGGCCAAGCUGUCGCAGGAGGAGCUGGUGGAGGGCAUGGUGCCUGAGGACUGGGACCAGACCACCAUUGACUGGUUCAGCAACAAGAAGAGCGGCGACAUCCCGCUGCCCACCUACAAGCUCAACUUCCUCUGGCUUGAGAAGAACAUUGCUGUCGCGGUUGACCAGGUCUACGCGCGCGGCGCGCAGAGCCCCCUGACCGAGUACUUUGUCUGGCCCCGGCGCGACGCCUGGGACGAGCUGCGCGUGGCUCUGGAGGCUAAGCCCUGGAUCACCGACCGCGACAGGAUCGUGCUGCUCAACCGCCUCACCGAGGUCAUCAACUUCUGGCAGGAGUCGGUCGCGGUGGAGGGCGAGGAGGGCGGCGCCGAGGGCGAGCAGCAGCCGCGGCCGACGAUCGACGAGGCGCGCGGGGCAUUCCCUGACUGCGGGUUCACCGGCGCUGUGGCCGCGGCCUGA